ACCAAGGUUAUUGAAGAUCGGAAAUACUUGUAUUGCUGUCGCUACGCUAACAAGGACAUCAUGUCUUUCAUUAUCCGAGAACAAGCUCUGGACUAGAUGCGACUGAGAUGCAUGCAUCCUAGAUGCGAGAUUUGCUGAGAUCAAGGAAAUUACUGCUGAAUGGCGGGCGAACACUUCGCGUUGAUUGCCAAGAUAACAAAACAAAAGUAAGCAGAGAGGGUAUCAUAACCUCUGACAAGCGAGAUGAUUGGGAGCAAAAUAGAAGAAAGGAACAAAAAAGCAGAUAUCGAACGAAGCCAGGUCGUUGCGCCAACGGUACGCCAGGUAUUACGCGCUUGUAGUGGAAAAUAGGUUGUGAGACGAAGGGUAAAAAAUAGAGGUAUACACGAGCUAGGCGGUAAGAGAAUGUACAAGAAAAGAUGAUUGUCGCAACCGA